AUGACAUCUAGGAGUCGCCGAUUAACUGAAUCUGAGAUUCAGAAGUUUAUAGAUGAACUUAAUGACAGUGAAAUUGAUGGUUGCGAAGAUGAUUCUUUAAUUUCCACUGAUGAUUCAUUAGAACUUACAUCAGAAUCUGAAACGUCGGAAGAAGAGGAUGCUUCGGAUAUCGAAUUUAUUCAACCAAGAAUAAAUGGAGCAGUUUCUUUAGAUCUUUCUCAUGUUGAAAAUAACAACACCAGCAAUAUUGUAGUAACUAGUGGUAAUAUAGCUGAAUUGCAACCACUGCAAAAUCGUCUUUGUAAGACCAAUCAAUCUAAUAAUGAUAAUGGUAAUAGCAAUAUUUUUAUAUGGGAUGACAUUCCUAGACAACAAAGAGAAUUUCCAUUUACUGCAAUCAAUAAAGUGAAUAAAGUUCCUGAGAAGCAUGAUUGUCCACUUAGUUCUGAAGUAUGUCCAGCUUGCAAAUUAACUCCAGAAAUAAUGCAAAGAAUGGAAACAAAAAAAAGAAGUUGCUUCAACUUAUGGGUUGAUUUGACAUUUGAUGAACUUUGGUUAUACAUUGCAAUAGUAUCUCUAAUGGGAAUAGUAAACAAGCCUAAUUAUCAUAUGUUUUGGACUAAAGACCAUAUAUUUUCUGCACCUAUAUUUUCCAGACUCAUGCGUCCUGAUCGAUUUGAGUCCAUUCGUAAAAUGAUGCAUUUUACAGAUCCUGGAAAUGAAAAUCAUGAUGAUAGUUUGUGUAAGCUUAGGUCUUUGAUAGAUAGUUUAUCAAAAAUUUUUUCUGAAAAUUAUACUCCUGAGCAAAAUGUCUCAGUAGAUGAGUAUCUUUCCCUUUGGAAAGGUCGUUUGAAGUUCCGCGUUUUUAUCCCAACUUAG